AUGGCGGACCCGGGGAUGUUGAGCUUAUUUGGGGACGAUCCAGGGUUGUUCUCAGAUGGAUUAGAUGGUUUAGGAGACUGCUUUCCUCAGCAGUCAGUCCCGGGCCAGUCUACCCCUCUUGCCCAGCAGACAAAUUCCGCUCUGAACCAUGAGCACCAGGGAAGCAGGGGAUACCACCAGGGGAUGAUGCAUGGCAGUGGGCCUACCCCAACACAGUCUAAAAUGGGGCAAAUGUAUGACCAUGGCCCCUAUACAGGCUACGAUCAAUCUGGCACCCCUGGAGGACGAAUGAUGGCUCAGAACGGCCCCAGCCAGGGUCCGCCAAAUGUGAACACGGCCAUGAACGGCAUGGCCUCCCACUACCACGGUAACCCAGCUAACUCUAGCAACCCCCACCAUGGAUACCAGGGUGAUGCUGGAGGAGGAGGAGGAGGAGGUGGGGGAGUUUGGGGCCAGCAACAGCAGCCCAGACCAGCUUAUCAGCAGGCUCCAGCACAACCAGGGGGUACUCCCAACCAGAUGGGAGGCUACCAGAUGUCUCAAGGCAACUAUGGUGGGAUGCAAGGUCCACCCACAUCUAAUGCAGUUCGCAUGACUCAACACUACCCUCCGCAGAGCAUGGCACCCCCCCCUGCUCAGGAUUCAUCUCACUACUUGGGACAUGUUGGAAUUGGGGGUAACCAGAUAAGACACCCUCAGCCUCAGGCACAAUCCCAAGGCUAUCCCAACAUGGGACACACAUCCCGAUACCCACACUCCCCAUCUAGACAGCCACCACACCCCCAUCACCAACAGGGCAUGGGAGGGUUUGGAGGUACUCAGUACUCUGGCUAUCAGCCUCAGUAUGGUGCCAUGGGACCUGGGAUGGGCCAGGGUGCUAAUACUAAUGUCAAUGCUAACACCAGCCAAGCCAUGGGACCAGGGCAGCUUGGCCAGAGGUUUACCCAGGGAACAGGUCCGACAGCAGGGCAGCAGGGACAGCGAUACCCCCCUGGACCACCACACCAACCCCAUCAGACUCAUUCUGCCCCGAUGCAACAGCAGGCAGGGCAGCAGAGCCAGCCUAUGCACCCCCUAAACCACCCCCAGAAUAUGCCACAGCCCCAAAACCAAGCCCAGUCCCACCUUGCCCCCCCAGCUCAGGGAUCUUACUCCUCUCCCUCAUCCAUGUCCCCCAUGCGGGUUUUGGGAACCCCAACCCCUCCUCCCACCCAACAGGGCAGACCCCCUAGCGCAGGACUAGCUGGGCCCUCAGAGGUUGCGGGAUACACAGCAAUGCAGUCUCCACCCAGUGCUAUGGCCCAUUCGCAGAGAACUCCACAAACCCCCCUGUCUGCCCCACACCCCCAACACCAGCAACCACACAGCAUGCCCCCCAGCACAGGGCAGAUGUAUCCUGGUAUGGGGCCACAGCGUGGCCCACAAAUGGGACCAAACAGGCCUCAGAUCCAGCAGCAGCAAGGACAUGAAACCCCAGUAACCCAGGGAGGAGACCAGCGUCUACUCCAGGCCCAGCAGCAGGCCUCCCGAAGUGGGCAGCACAUGCAGCCAGCCACCAUGAGUUUCCAGGGUCCGCCUAUUGGCCAACACGGAAUCCCAGCUCCAAACCAGGGCCUUGGGCCACCCACCCAGAGCCCUCAGACGCAGCACACACAUCUGCCUCCACACCACUUGCAGAGCACGCCCCCGCCUCCCAACCAGGCCUCCCACCCAUGGGCACCUCCACCUCCUGCCUCCCACCCGCUGUCCUCACCCCCUCUUACUCCACAGAAAGUGCCUCACAUACAGCAUUCCCCCACGGACCCGUCAGGUGAUGUUUUGAUGACAGUUCCUGACAGGACAACAGUCAGCGCUGGUGCCCCCAAUCAGCCUAUCAGCACAGAAAAGCCCAACGACCAGGAGACCAAGCCAAAAAAGAAGAAGAAGAAGAAAGCAAAAGUAGUGGACAGAGAGGAAGAAGAGGCACGGAAGAAGGCGGUAGGAGAAGGAAGAGAGGAAGACAUAAAGUCUGAAUUUCCAGGAACAGGAUUCGAUGGUGGUGAACAGGUUACUGGCACAGGACUCGUAGAGGGAAGUUCACCACCGGCGGAAGAGAAGAAAAAGCGGAAAAAGAAACCAAAGGAGAAGGCAGAGGGCAAGGAGCCCAAAGAGCCCAAGACCCCGAAGGCACCCAAAAUGCCCAAGACCCCCAAAGAGCCCAAGGAGAAGAAAGCCAAGAGCUCCACACCCAAGACCAAGACUCCCAAGAAAACCAGCAGUAAAAAAGUGGAGUCAGAGGGUGGGGCCAGCGCUGCUAAGAAGGAUUCAAAGAGAAAGAGGGAGUUUUCGGUCAAUGAUGAUGCUGAGGCGAAGUCUCCACCCCCAUCUCCACCUGAAGAAGAGGAUGAUGAUGGUGUACAGAAGCGUCGGUCUAGCCGUCAGGUGAAGAGGAAGAGGUACACAGAGGAUCUGGAGUUCAGGAUCUCAGAGGACGACGACAGCGGAGAUGACUCGCCGUCACCCAAGUCCCCAUCGUCGUCAUCGCAGCAACAGGAUGUGGCUGAAGCUGAAGGACCAGUUGUAGAGAAGAUCAUGGGCUUGCGUACCUCCAAAAAACAACUGGAGUCAGGGGAGGAAGUGGAGAUGGAGGAGUUCUACGUCAAGUUCAAGGGCUUUUCAUACCUACACUGUCGCUGGGCCAACCUGGAAGAACUAGAAAAGGACAAGAGAAUACACCAGAAGGUCAAGAGGUUUAAGGCCAAGCAGCAGCUCAACAACUUUAUAACUGAGAUGGAUGAUGAGCCUUUUAACCCUGACUAUGUGGAGGUGGACCGUGUCCUGGACGUUUCAGAGAGCACAGAUGAAAAUGGAGAGAUGGUGACCUUAUAUCUAGUGAAGUGGUGCAGUCUGCCUUAUGAAGACUCCACCUGGGAGCUGAAGGCCGACAUUGACCAGUCCAAGAUAGAUGAAUACGAGCGCAUCGGAGCACGCACGCCCAACACUAAGAGAGUGGAUCGGCCUCCUGCAGCUGACUGGAAAAAGCUGGAGGGCUCCAGGGAAUACAGGAACGGCAACGCACUCAGGGAAUACCAGCUAGAAGGCCUCAACUGGCUAACUUUCAACUGGUACAACUCACGUAACUGUAUCUUGGCUGACGAGAUGGGGCUGGGGAAGACCAUCCAGUCAAUUACAUUCCUCUAUGAGAUUUACAUGAAAGACAUCGAGGGGCCGUUCCUGGUCAUCGCCCCGCUCUCCACCAUCCCCAACUGGGAGAGAGAGUUCAGGACCUGGACUGAGCUCAACGUGGUGGUCUACCACGGCAGCCAGGCCAGCCGAAAGACCAUCCAGGCCUACGAGAUGUACUACAGAGAUGCACAGGGUAAAAUAAUAAAGGGAGUGUAUCGGUUCCACGCGGUGAUAACAACCUUCGAGAUGAUUCUGGCUGACUGUCCAGAGCUACGCAGCAUACCGUGGCGCUGUGUGGUGAUAGACGAAGCCCACCGCCUGAAAAACAGAAACUGCAAGCUACUGGAGGGACUCAAAAUGAUGGACAUGGAGCACAAAGUUCUCUUGACAGGAACUCCUCUCCAGAACACUGUGGAGGAGCUCUUUAGCUUACUCAACUUCCUGGAGCCUGAGAGAUUCCCGUCUGAACAAACGUUCAUGACUGAAUUUGGAGACCUAAAGACUGAAGAGCAGGUUCAGAAACUGCAGGGCAUUCUGAAGCCCAUGAUGCUCAGAAGACUGAAGGAGGAUGUGGAAAAGAACCUGGCCCCAAAGGAGGAGACCAUAAUCGAGGUGGAGCUCACCAACAUCCAGAAGAAAUACUAUCGAGCCAUUCUGGAGAAGAACUUCUCCUUCCUGUCCAAAGGAGGUGCUGGAGGGGGUGGAGGGGGAGGAGCCAGUGUCCCCAACCUCCUCAACACCAUGAUGGAAUUGAGGAAAUGCUGCAACCACCCCUACCUCAUCAAUGGAGCGGAAGAGAAAAUCAUCGAGGAGUUCAGGGACUCCCAUGGUGGUGGGGCAGACAUGCCGGACAUGGCCCUCCAAGCCAUGAUCCAGGCAGCCGGAAAGCUGGUGCUCAUUGACAAGCUGCUUCCCAAACUAAAAGCCGGAGGACACAGAGUCCUGGUGUUCAGCCAAAUGGUCCGCUGUCUGGACAUCCUGGAGGACUACCUCAUCCAGAAACGAUAUCCAUAUGAACGUAUAGACGGCAGAGUUCGUGGCAACCUACGGCAGGCAGCCAUCGACCGCUUCUCCAGACCAGACUCUGAUCGUUUUGUCUUCCUGCUGUGCACGAGAGCCGGAGGACUGGGCAUCAACUUGACUGCAGCAGACACCUGCAUUAUCUUUGACUCUGAUUGGAACCCCCAGAACGACCUCCAGGCCCAGGCGAGGUGUCAUCGUAUCGGCCAGUCCAAGUCCGUUAAGAUCUACCGCCUGAUCACCAGGAACAGCUACGAGAGGGAGAUGUUUGACAAGGCCAGCCUCAAGCUGGGACUCGACAAGGCCGUCCUCCAGAGCAUGAGCGGACGAGAGAAUGCCAACAGCGGGGUCCAGCAGUUGUCCAAGAAAGAGAUCGAGGAUCUGCUGAGAAAGGGCGCCUACGGCGCUCUUAUGGAUGAGGAAGACGAAGGCUCAAAAUUCUGUGAGGAAGACAUUGACCAGAUCCUCCAGAGACGAACACACACCAUCACCAUCGAGUCUGAGGGCAAGGGCUCUACUUUUGCUAAGGCCAGUUUUGUUGCAACGGGCAACCGAACAGACAUUUCUCUGGAGGAUCCGGACUUCUGGCAGAAAUGGGCGAAGAAGGCUGAACUAGACAUGGAUGCCAUCAAUGGACGGAACACGCUGGUUAUCGACACGCCCAGAGUGAGGAAGCAGACGCGGCACUACAGCAGCGUCAAAGAGGAAGAAAUGCUGGAGUUCUCUGAGCUGGAGAGCGAUGAAGACGAGCCCAGCAGACCCUCAUCCAAACCGCGGCGGCCCCAAGACAAAACUCAGGGCUACCCCCGAUCGGAGUGCUUCAGAGUGGAGAAGAACCUGCUGGUCUACGGUUGGGGAAGGUGGAGCGACAUUCUGGCUCACGGUCGCUUCAAGCGCCCGCUGAAGGAGACCGAUGUGGAAACAAUCUGCAGAGCGCUCCUGGCCUACUGUCUGCUGCAUUACCGUGGAGAUGAAAACAUCAAGAGUUUCAUCUGGGACCUGAUCACUCCAAGUGAAGAUGGGACCACCAGGACGCUUACCAACCACUCUGGCCUCUCUACUCCUGUCCCCAGGGGCAGGAAGGGCAAGAAGGGUAAGCCCCAGGCCCCGCCUCCACAGACACCACGUGCUGAUUGGCUGGCUACUUGCAAUCCUGACCAUUUACUGCAAGAGGAUAGCUACAAGAGACACUUGAAACAUCAUUGUAACAAGGUCCUGCUCAGAGUGAGGAUGCUGUAUUAUCUGCGACAGGAAGUCAUAGGCGACCAGGCUGAGCGCAUCUUGGAGGGAGCAGAUUCCAGUGCGCCGGACAUCUGGAUCCCCCAACCAUUCCAUGCUGAGGUGCCGGCCGACUGGUGGGACAGCGAAGCUGACAAAUCCCUGCUCAUCGGCGUCUUCAAGCACGGCUAUGAGAAGUACAACUCCAUGCGUGCUGACCCCGCCCUGUGUUUCUUGGAGCGAGUGGGCAUGCCAGACGCCAAAGCCAUCGCUGCUGAGCAGAGGGGCUCUGACAUGAUGGCAGAUGGUGCUGAGGGUGAGGAUGAGGAUCCUGAGUACAAACCACUGCGCAUGCCCUUUAAAGACGACAUGGACGACUUCACCAACUCUCCCCUGGACGACAAAGAUGAGGGUGUGGAGGGAGAGAAUGAAGCAAAAUCUGAUGAAAACAGUCAGAGGGCUCCUGCCUCCAACGAGCGGCUCUACUGGCCAGCAGCCUCAGCUCUGACAGCUCGUCUGCGUCGCCUCAUCACGGCCUACCAACGCACCAACCGGAGAGAGCAGCUUCGCCAGGAGGCGCUCAACCGACCUGAUGGCCGGCGACGAAGACGCAGGGAGUUCCUGCCUUCCAUUGGUGUGGUUACCGAAACAGGAGGAGCAGCACCUUACAUCCAAGAGGGCGCAGGGGUGUUCAUGGCAGAAGGAAGCCCAUAUCUGGCUAAAGGAAGCGCUUACUUUACCAAGGGUGGACAGUUCAUACCAGAGGCGUCGCCAGUGUUAAACACCAGCUCCCUGAUGUCUGAGGGAGCCAUGUACUACAAGGAGAGAAGACAAAGGUGGACACGUCGUGAAGAGGCCGACUUCUACCGUGUUGUGUCCACCUUUGGAGUCGUCUUUGAUACCAAACGUCAGAAAUUUGAUUGGACCCAGUUCAGAGCUUUUGCUCGACUGGACAAGAAGACAGAUGAGAGUUUGGAAAAGUAUUACUACUCAUUCAUCGCCAUGUGUAAACGGGUCUGCAGAAUGCAGGUCAAGACUGAAACGGAACUUCCAGACCCAACUCUGAUCAUUGACCCCAUCACAGAGGAGCGUGCCUCUCGCACCCUCUACCGCAUCGAGCUUCUCCGCCGCAUCCGAGAGCAAGUCCUCCCUCACCCUCUGCUCUCUGAGCGCCUCAAGCUCUGCCAGCCUUCCCCAGACCUUCCAGAGUGGUGGGAGUGUGGCCGCCAUGACCGGGACCUCCUCCUGGGUGCCUCGAAGCACGGUGUGAGCCGCACAGAUUAUCACAUCUUGAAUGACCCUACCUUGGCCUUCCUGGACGCCCACCAACGCUUUACCAGCCAGCGAGGAGCCGGCAUGGGCAUAGGAGCCUCUUUAGAGAUCACCAAAGCUGGGAUGGGAGGAACAGAAACCGCUUCUGCUCCACUCCUAACCCCUGCAGAACUGGCGAGUGCCACAUCUGCUGCCAAAAUUGCUGUCAAUGCAACUAAAGAGGACGAGUUAGAGGAGAAGGAUAUAAAGAUAGAGGGAAAAACGGAGAUGGUGGAAAUGGAAAUGGAUGGAGAAGCGAAUGACAUUCCAUGCACUAAAAUGGAAACUUCUGAUGAACAAAAGGACCAUGAGGGAGAUGUCAGCGAAGAUAAAGAUGAGACCGCUGAAUCGCCAAGAAAGGAGAUUAAGAAAGAAGAGGAGGUCCAGCCAAAGGCUGUUAAAGAGGAGCAAGAGGUGCAGAAAGAAGAGCAGUGUGGCGAAGAAGACAAGCAGACAAAUGACCAAGACAAAGACUUGACAGAAGAGAAGAGCAGCAGGAAUCCCGAUGACCCUCUCAGCGACCAGAAGGAGACAGCGACCGAACUCCGAGGCUCCUCUCCUAAAGCACAACCAGCUCAAAAGAUUGCAGAGGAGGAAGAUGGAGAAGAGAGGGAGAACCCAGAGUCUCCUAAAUCUCCAAAGUCUGCUGACACAGAGAAAAGCCCAGAGGAGGAAGAGGAGGAGAGGCUAGAUGAAGAUGACAAAUCAGAGAAAUCCUCUCAGGCUGAAGCGAGUGCAGCAUCAGAGCAGAAGAACUUCGACGAGGAGAGUAUUGCAUCUCUGAGCACCUCGGCCCGAGAUGAAACCAGAGACGGCUUCUGCCCCGACGACCUGCCAGAAACUUCUGCAUUGCAGGCUUUGCAGGACCGUGCCUUUGGCUUCUCAUUCUGGCCUAAGGAUCGAGUGAUGAUCAACAGGAUGGAUAACAUCUGCGAGACCGUCCUGAAGGGCAAGUGGCCUGUCAACAGACGCCACGUAUUUGACUUCCCUGGCAACCUCCUGCCAGGGCAUGGCUCCUCAGCAACAACGGUGGCUGCAGCCAUGGCGACUGAGAGCCCGCUGCAGAGGCGGAGCCUGGCUGAGCUGACGAUGGCCGGCAUCCAUACAUCAUUCAGUGGGAGUGAAGAGAAAACACUAUCGCCACAGGUUCACGAGGACACUCUGAGCCUGACAGUGCCUCGACAGAGGAGGAGGAGGAGGAAAAAGAUUGAGAUUGAGGCAGAGAGGGCGGCCAAGAGACGCAACCUGAUGGAGAUGGUGGCUCAGCUGAGAGAAAGCCACGCUGCUGCUGAGUCCCAGAGUCAAGCUAUAGACCUCACCAAGGGUAUGCCCCAUCACCACAAGGCCUCUCCCUCACUGACCAGCUUCUCCGGUUCCCUGGUUACAAACCCCUCCCUCAAGGCCCAGAUGGAUUUGCUUCAGCAAGGCUCGGCCACUGGACACAGAGCCAACGGUUCACUCGAGGCUGACCUGCCCGCCGUUAGGAGGAGGCGUGGCCGCAGGAAAAAUGUGGAGGGCCUGGAGCUGCUGUUCAUGGCCAACAAGCGAACAGGAGGGGAUGAUGCUAAUGGGGCAAAGGUCCCAGGUGUGGAAGGGCUUCAGGAUGCUGCUCGUGCCCACAGACCCCACAGUGUUGCUGAGCAGAGCCCCAGUGCCAGAUCUCUGGCCUCAGGGAAUCUGGAGGAGGAAGAGACAGCGGUUUCCAGUAAAGAGCUGGGAGAAUGGCUGAGGCAGCACCCACCAUACACCAUGGAUAUGCCUGGAUUCACACCAAAGAGCGACGAGCUGCUGCUGGCUCAGUUUUCUAAACCCAAGCAGAAACGCCAUCGUUGUCGAAACCCCAACAAGAUCGACAUCAACACACUGACGGGGGAUGAAAGAGUGCCUGUGGUCAACAGAAGAAACGGACGCAAGAUGGGCGGAGCCAUGGCUCCACCAAUGAAGGAGCUUCCCAGGUGGUUGCUGGAGAACCCAGAGUUUUCGAUCGCUCCUGAUUGGACAGAUAUUGUCAAACAGUCGGGUUUCCUCCCUGAAGCCAUGUUUGACCGCCUUCUGACCGGCCCUGUAAUCAGAGAAGAGGGUGUUCGCCGUCGGGGGCGUCGCCCCAAAUCUGAGAUUGCCAAGGCAGCUGCCGCAGCACAGGCUGCUGCGGCAGCUCAGGCUGCACAGGCUUCACUGGCCACUGCUGCUUCAUCUGCAGGAGGCAUCAACCCUCUGUUGUUGAACAGUCUGUUUGGAGGGAUGGACCUGUCGUCUCUCCAGAGCCUUCAGUCUCUCCAGCUGGCUGCAGGUCUGAUGGCCUUCCCUCCUCCCACAGACCCCAAGCAAGCCGCUGCCAACGCCGCUGCCGCCUCCAUGCUGCCUCUCAUGCUGCCCGGCAUGGGAGGCCUUCCCAACAUGGCUACUGCCCUACCCAACAUGUUCAGCCUUGGCGGCCUAUUUGGUGGUAACCUGGCAACAGCCACGGCUCCGGCCCCAGCUGCACCUAACUCCGCGGUCACCAUCGCAGCAGGCAAAACCAACGGCACAGCGGAAGGAGAGGGAGGAGAUGGUGAUGAGGCGGCAACAACAAAGAGGAAGAGGGAGGGAGAGGAUAAAGAUGAAGCAGAAAACGGUGGCGCAGAGGAUGAGGAGGACGCAGCUGAGGGAAACGAAGGAGGAGUGAAGAAGGCAAAGAGGAAGAAGAAGGAGGAGGAGGAUGGGGCAGAGAAAACAGACAGAUCACUCGGCGAUGACGCUGUGGCACCUCAGAUCCCAGCUGCUGACCCUUCAGCAGAGGCAUCCAUCAACGGUGAUGCCGCUGCCCUGCUGGCUGCAGCCGGCAUGUCCGCCAAUACCCUGGCGUUCAACCCCUUCCUUCUCUCCACCAUGGCCCCGGGUCUCCUCUACCCGUCUAUGUUCCUACCUCCAGGCCUUGGAGGACUCAGCCUGCCGGGCUUCCCCACUGCCUCCAACCUUGCCGAACUGCAGAGUGCAAUGGCCGGAGCACUGGGGGGCGGUGCUGGGACUCCAAACGCCCUAAGAGACCAAGAGAAGGAGGACAAAAAGGCAGAUCUGAAAGCAGCAGGGGAGGACGAGGAGGAGGAGGAUGAGGAGGAAGAGGCAGGUGGAGAGAGUGACUUGGCUGAGGAGAAAGAGGGGGAGACGAGAGGCGAGGCUGAUUAUUCAGCUUUAGAGGAUGGAGGGAUGGGCAGAGAGGAGGAGGCGGUUGAGGACGCAGCAGCAUCUUCACAGAAGGACAAAAGUGACUGAAGAAAAACACAAAACUGACUGGCCUUGGACAAUUCUUCACCUCUGACCCCACCCAGACCCACCACGUUUACACGCCUCCACCAGAAAUAUCCAAACUAUUAUAAAUCCUUCUUCUUUUUUUUUUUUUUUUUUCUUUGCGUUGUUGAUGAUUUUUUUUUUCUUUCACUUUUUUUUUUUUUUUUUUUUGGCCAGUUAUAUUUACUAUGCGUCAGAGAGGACGAGAUUUAUGUGUGUUAAGUUAAAUCUUUCUGAUCGAUAGUGUAGUCAGGGAAAAUCCUCACAGCUGCUCGCUAAGAGCUCAGCUCCUCUUCAAAGACUGUUUCUUGGCCUGUGUGGGCGCGCUGAUCGGUGCACCCACACUUUUCUUUCCCACAGUCCCUCAAAUAAGACUUCACAAGGGUUCCAGUAGUACUAUUAUUAUUAUUAUUAUUAUUAUUGUUGUUAUUAUUAUUGUUUAUUAUUAUUAUUAUUGCUGCUUUCAGCUCAUCUUUUUUUGCCUCCUCCUUUUUUAAAUUUUUAAAAAAAUUUUGUCUGGACUGUUUUGUUGUUGUUGGCAGCAUCUCAUCAAAACGAGAGGAAACGCCUGCUGCUAGCACCUUUUUCAGCAUCAGAGGAGUGCGCUGCAGAGUUCACAGGAACCUUAAAGCCAGCAUCAGAGUUUUAGAUUAAAAUUUAUAGAACACAGAUCACAUUUCUAUUAACCUUUAAUAAGUCUGUUGGUACUUAUAACAGAAUAUUCAUUCAGUGAAAUUAUUUGGAUUAUUUUGCAUUGGUGUCAAAACCUAAUUCCACUCUUCAGCAUCAUGUUUAAAGUUUAUCCACUAAUGUGCAGCCGUCACAUUAAAUAAAAAAACUUGAUCACUGUCGCAGCCUUAAGCAGAAAGGGUUAACAGAGUUGCUGAUCAUGACUGUGAUGCAUCUGAUUCAGGGUUUGAAGGAGCCUUUGCAGCGCACCCCUCUGUGCUCGAAAGAUAAGGAAAAACAGCAUUACAGCUAACCCGGCUGUCUGUCUGACAAAGCUGCUGCAAAAGGAAUUGUGGGUAAUGGAGUUGAUUGAGCUGUUCUUAUUCAGAGCAGAUUUUAAGUUCUCACAUAUCAGACCAGGUAGAUGAGGAGGAGGAAAACAAAACCAGACUGGCCUAAAAAAAAAAAAAAAAAUACUCAGUCUCACACACUGACUCCCACAUCGCACACACGCACACACACACACACACACACACACAUAUCCCAGUGCAUACUUGAUCAUUAGCUGUACACGCUCUUUCAGGUGUCCACCACUACACACACACAGGCAUACACUCUCACACUCUAACCCCUUUCUCUGUCAUGUGACUGUUUCUGGGAGGACUGUUUCUCUUUGAGUGUACGUGUAUGUGCUUGUGUGCACGCUGAACCAAUACUGUUAAACCCAGUCCCACACUGAA